AUGCUGCUGCGGAGACCCGGAGAGGACACUAUGAGACCCCUCAUCACCUUCAUCCUCCUCAGCUGCCUGCUACCAUGGCAACCCGAGUCCAGGGCCAACGCGGCCUCCUCUGCUCACAGCUGCUUCUGCCAGGUCACAGGCUACCUGGAUGAUUGUACCUGUGAUGUGGAAACCAUAGACCAUUUCAAUAAUGACAAGCUGUUCCCAAAACUACAAAAAUUGCUGGAAACAGACUAUUUCCGAUAUUACAAGGCAAAUUUGAAGAAGCCAUGUCCCUUCUGGAAUGAUAAUAGUCAUUGUGGGAUCAGAGACUGCGCAGUACAGCCUUGCCCUACUGACGCAGUUCCACCUGGAAUAAAAUCGCCCGGUUAUAAGUACACCGAGGCUGCAAAUCGGAAUGGUGAGCUGGAGUGUGAGAAAGAGAAGAGGUUGGGUGCUGUGGAUGAAUCCUUGAGUGAAGCCGCACAAGAAGCCUUUUCACAGUGGAAUCAUCAUGACGAUAACUCCGAUGAUAAUUUCUGCGAACAUGACGAUGAAGAGUCUCCAGAUGCAGAGUAUGUCGACUUGCUUAUUAAUCCGGAACGAUACACGGGGUACAAAGGAUCUGAUGCUUGGAAGAUCUGGAACAGCAUUUACGAGGAGAACUGUUUCAAGCCAAAAGCCGUAAAACGACCACUGAAUCCUCUGGCUUCAGGGCGAGGUAAGAAAAAAGAAACCAUGUUCUAUAGCUGGCUGGAAGGUCUGUGUGUUGAGAAAAGAGCAUUCUACAGGCUGAUAUCUGGGUUACAUGCAAGUAUCAAUAUUCACCUCAGUGCAAGAUACCUACUGCAAGACACGUGGAUGGAUAAAAUCUGGGGACAUAAUGUGACAGAGUUUCAGAAGCGCUUUGACGCCACACAAACCCAGAACGAAGGGCCACGGCGACUAAAGAAUCUGUACUUUAUAUACCUGAUUGAGCUGAGAGCCAUCUCCAAGGUUCUGCCUUUCUUUGAGCGACAGUCUUUUCUACUAUAUACCGGAAAUGACACAAAAGACCUGGAGACAAAACAACUUCUGAUCGACAUUCUGCACGAUGCCAAAGAUUUUCCCCUGCACUUCGAUGAAAAUUCUCUUUUUGCCGGUGAUAAGAAGCAAGCUGACCGCUUAAAGGAAGAAUUCCGGCAGCACUUCAGGAAUAUCUCAAGAAUUAUGGACUGCGUUGGUUGCUUUAAAUGUCGCCUUUGGGGAAAAUUGCAGACUCAGGGAUUAGGAACGGCACUGAAAAUUCUGUUUUCUGAAAAACAAAUUGAGAACAUGGCAGAAAGUGGGCCGUCCUACGGCUUUCAUUUGAAGCGCCAGGAAAUCGUGGCCCUUCUUAACGCGUUUGGAAGGAUUUCUACGAGUGUCAAAGAGCUGGAAAACUUUAAAAGACUAUUGGACAACGUGUGA